GCAGAGGAAGCACAAACCGGAGCAGAAGAUGGCAUCAAUGGCGGCGAGUCUGGGCGUCAAUUUGUUGAAGAAACCGGCAGUUCUUUACCACUACCCCUGUCCCGACGGUGCUUUUGCCGCUCUCGCCGCUCACCUCUACUUCUCUUCCUCGUCGCUCCCUGCCCUGUUCAUUCCCAAUACCGUUUACACCCCGGUCAGGGCGGAAGACCUUCCACUGCGAGAAAUUAGUGAGAUUUACCUUCUGGAUUUCGUCGGACCCAAGGGAUUUGUGAAUGAUAUUUCCUCCAGAGUCGGCAGAGUGGUGGUAUUGGAUCACCAUAAAACUGCAGUCGAGAUGUUGGACGCUGAUGCUUCAAUCGGGGAGAAUGUAACUAAAGUGCUAGACAUGGAGAGGAGUGGGGCAACGAUUGCUUAUGAUUAUUUCAUAGAAAAACUUGUGAGCGGAGGCAGCAAAUCUGAUCUGAGUAGAUUCGAGCGAGUUAGGCGGUUGUUUGAGUACAUUGAAGAUGGGGAUUUAUGGAGGUGGAGUCUUCCUCACAGUAAAGCUUUCAGUAGUGGGUUGAAGGAUUUGAAAAUUGAGUUUAGCUUGCAGUUGAACCCCUCUUUGUUUGAGCAGCUACUUUCUUUAGAUGUGGAUUCUAUCAUCAAUCAAGGAAGGGAGAGCUUGCAGCAUAAGCAAAAAUUAAUUGAAGAAACUCUUGCUCAAUCAUAUGAAAUUGCACUAGGAGGUGGAAUAUUUGGAAAUUGCUUGGCUGUUGAUGCAGAUUCUGUUUCUGAGUUAAGGAGUGAACUGGGACACCAGUUAGCUACUAAAAGUUUUAACCUGAAGCUUAGGGGCAUUGGAGCUGUUGUAUAUAGAGUCCCACAGUUAGAAAAUGACCAAAUGCUGAAAAUAAGCCUGAGGAGUUUGGAUAGAGAAGACACAACACCUAUAUCACAGGAGUACAGGGGCGGUGGCCAUCGAAAUGCUAGUUCCUUCUUGUUAAGCUCUGCUGAAUUUGAGAAGUGGAAGGUUUAGCUUAGGGGCAAGCCUUGGGAUUGCAUACAAGUAUCUGUGCAGCUGACACAGCAAAUCAAUGCCCUUGAAGAUGGGGGAAAUAAUUCUCAAAGGUAAUCAAAAUCAUCAAAAAGAAAACCAAAACAAGAAUUCAGAAAACCGUAACUUUUUUGGUUCAAUUAGAAAAAUGUUUGGUUGUUUAUUGUUGUAAUUUUUUUAUUUAUGUAAUUUGAAAUGAAAUAAAAAAUAAAAUAAAAUUGAUCACAAUGACUCUUGUAUCAUCUUCCAUGCCUAUAAAUAAUUUAGAUUUUC